AUACCUAUAUUCAGUUAAAUAAUUCGAAUACCAUUUCGUGUUUAGAUUUUGUACAAGUAAGAACUUGAAUAUAAAUAUAUUUAACUAAAAUAUCGUAACUAUCUUCAUUCAACUUUUCUUUGAAGUUAUUAAAAUGCUCAACAGCGAACUCAAAAAUUUGGAUAGGGGGAGGAGAAAGUUACCAUUAAAACUAAAGCUAUCUGUGUUAAUAUGCCUUGCAAGCCUUGUAAACUUAUCAGGAGCACAAAAUGAUAAUUCGCAAAUAAAUUUUAAUUUAAAUAAAAUUCUAUAUCCAUACGUUAAUGUAAGCGCACCGAAAGAACUGAAAAUUGCAGACUCAAAAGCAUCAGAGAACGAAACGGAUUAUUGUUUCAAACCACAAUGCAUUCAAACAGCAUCAAGAGUGUUGAAGUACAUGGAUACAAGUUCAGACCCCUGUGACAAUUUUUAUAAAUUUGCCUGCGGUCAAUUCAUCCAAAGUCAAAUAAUUACUGGACAGUCAUUUGAAUUGCGCAAUCAUUUUAAAACCCUUCAUUCUGAAAUGGUGCAGAAAAUGAAAAAUAUUCUAAAGCAAGAAUUGAAACCAACGGAACCUAAAUAUGUAAAAUUAAUGAAAACUUUUUAUCAAAACUGUAUAAAUACAGAAACUAUAAGUGAUAAUGAAAUUUCAAAACUCGUUCUGGAUUCUAUAACAAAAAUUGAUGGAUGGCGCUAUUUAAAGAAUAAUUCUUGGGAAGACAUGAGUUUCCAAUGGGAAGACUUUGAUUCCAAAUUACAAAAAGAACUUAAGUUAUAUGAAACACCUUUCUUAAGUUUGGAACUUGCUUUAGACCCAAAAAAUAAUUCAAAAUUUUUUUUGAAAAUAAAAAAACCAUCAAAACUUGAAGAGCUUACUAAGAAUUUUAAUAAAUUUAAAAAUAUUUUUGAUGAACUUAGCGAAUAUGAUAUAUCACUUGAAACUGUUUUCAAUGGAAUCGAUAAAAUAAAAGAAUUGCUUAUGAAUAUAUCUAUUCCAGAAAACUAUGAAAAAUUGGAGCCUUUUAAGAGGAUGACUGUUAAAGAGCUUGAAAAAAAAUAUUCCAAUAUUUUGUGGAAGAAAAUUAUUAAUACAAACCUACACCCAUUCACUGAAGUUAGAGAUGAUGAUAUUGUAUUAAUAUCGGAUACCACCUUCUUCAAAAAAUUUAACGAACUUAUUAAUGGUGUUUCAAAAAAUGACCAGGCAAUUUAUCUGAUGUGGGGAGCAAUUGCAAAUAUUUUGAGCUCCAAUGAUGAAAUCAGAAAGCGAUUAAAUAAUAAGGAAGUUUGUUUCAUAGAUUUGACCAAUUUUUUCCGUAAUAGUUUUGGCGCUCUCUACGUUAAAAAUUACUAUAAUGAAACAGCUAAUAACAAACACAUUGAAGAAAUGUUUACUAAUAUUUUUCAUGAGUUCCAAACAAUCAUUAAAAAUGUGGAUUGGCUAGAUAACAAGACAAAAGAUAAUGCAUUAGAAAAACUGUCAUCAAUGUACGAAAGUCGUCAAAUACUUUACAAAAUUUCUACAGACAAGGAAAUUGACGAAUAUUAUGCAAACUUGGAAAUUACAUCCGGACAUUACUUUGAGUCUAUGCUAAAUGUUAUAAAAUUUAUUAGACACUCAAUGAUUAGUGUAUUCAGAUUGCCCGUAAAUAGGUCACACAUUAUAUUUCGACGAAACUCCGCAGAUCCGGUAGCAACAAAUGUUUUCCGAUUUAAUACUGUUGGUAUAUCACAGGGCAUGUUGCAAGGAGAUUUCUUUAAUGCCAACAGACCAAUGUAUAUGAAUUACGGGUCAACUGCAUUUACUAUUGCCCAUGAGUUUGCUCAUGGUUUUGAUAAUAUUGGUAGACAAUAUGAUAAAAAUGGAUAUCUCGUUGACUGGUUGCAAGCUACAUCUAAUGAGCAAUUUAUUUCAAGGGAUCGGUGUUUUAUUUCUCAAUAUGACAACUACACAGAUGAAGAAUUCCCAGGGGAAGAAGUCUUGAGAGUAAACGGCACCCGAACGCUAGGUGACAAUAUUGCAGAUAAUGGAGGAUUAAAACUUGCAUAUUUAGCUUAUCAAAAGUGGGUAGAAGAUCAUGGACCAGAACUCUUGCUUCCCGAAAUUAAUUAUACACAAUCGCAACUUUUUUGGAUUAGUUAUGCGCAAUCUUUUUGUGAGAAGGCAACUUACUUUGCAAAAUGGCAGAUUUAUCAUAAUGACGUACACAGUCCAAAAGAAUUUCGGGUCAUUGGUUCUAUUCUGAACCGACCAGAAUUUGCAAGAGAUUUUCAAUGUCCCAAAGGUUCAAAAAUGAAUCCUGAAACAAAAUGUUCUAUUUGGUGAUUGUUCUUGAAUUCCCUCCUUCUUGAAAUAUUUCCAAAAAUUUGUAUUACUUUUAAUUAAAAAUUAAAAAUUAAAAAAUAAAGUAUUUACCGAACAAAAAAAUUAAAGCAUUAAAUUUAUAAAUUAAGACAGUACUUUCUCUAGACGAACAAUUAACUAUGAAUCAAAACAUCCUUUUUCUCAAAAAAUUGCCAUAGUAUUAUUGCCAAUCUUGUCGAUAGGGCAAUAAAGCUUUCGAAUAAAAAAUUUCAUAAGAAAUAUACCUAUUGAAUUUGUCGAAAAAAUUUUUCUGGCCUUAUGUUCCUAAUCUUUACGAAAAAAUUUCAUCUUUUCUUAUCUUAACAAUUACAACAUUUCAACUAUCCCAACGAAUAAUAAGAACAUGAAUCACAAUUUGGUAAUAAAAGGAAAAGAUAAGAGUAGAAAAUCUGAAAUCACUAACUUAGAGUAUCACCUACCUUUUCAAUUUACCUUGACAUUUUUCUUUCUUAGUUUUUUUUUACUGAUGGGUCAUUGACCCCUGUACAACGUUCAUUCGUAUUUUUCUAUAUAUUUGAUUAGUGUAUAUUGUUACCAUAGCAACGAAGAUGUACUGUCUUAAUUUAUAAUUUUAAUUUUCUUCUUUUUCGGUAAAUACUUUAUUUGUUAAAUUUUAUUCUUUAAAUUAACAAAUUGUAAAAACUUUUUUUUUUUUUUUUAAUAUUUUGUUAUAUAAUAAAUUUUACAGUUUCUGAAGAGAACAGCUGUGCUGCCGAAACGUAAAAAGAAUUGAAUUUCUUUUAUUUUAAUUUUCCUUGACUUAAGUGAUCGUUAAAUUACACUAUCUAUUAAUUAUUCCUAUUAUUACUAAGAAAGAAUUCUUUUUAAUACUUUUUAUAUAUAUUAAAAGUUCGUUUAAAUGACAUUCUGUUCAAUAAAAAUUCCAGUAAUUUUAUGAAAUUUGUAUAGUAAAUAUACUUCUAUUUCAGAUUUAAAGAAAUGACUAUUCAGUAGCGACAUUAAUAAAUUUA